UAAGACAAUUGACUAGUAAAUUUGAUGAAUGGUUUUCAACACGUGACUCUAGAAGAUGCAGUGCUAUUGAACAUAAGAAAGAUGACAGCUUAAACUUCAUAAUAAUGUAUAUCUCAAAUUACUAGAUGUGAAGCAGCUAACAAUGCAGUAUCUUUACAUGUGAUCUUUCAUCAAGAAAUAUGAUGGACACAUUCAAUGCUUUAUUGAAAACACUUUUUAUAUUUUAUCUACGAGGGCAGUCAUGCCCCAAUGGUUAGAGUCAGGUUUGUAACCCAUCAAAAAAUUAAAGUGACCCUUAUCAUAUGGAUCAGUUUAAAUUAUUAUAUUAAUCUAAAAUCAUGUGUUACAUAUAAAAAUUUAUCUUAAGAGAGUUUGUUAAAGGCCUGUUAUAUAGUCAAAAACAAGUCUAUUAACAUGGGACUAACAUGAGGUAUCCAUAUAUAUAUACCUGAUCGAGUCAGCUAUUGACCAUUGUACAAAACAAACAUACAGUCAGUAGUACUGUGGUAAGGUUUUAACAAUUUAAUUUGCUUGUAUCUUAGGAGGACACGUUUAUGCUACUUACAGAGAACUGCAUAGAUGAAGCCUGCACUGGAGAACAUUUCCAGUUUCUUAGUUUUUUCUCUUUCUGGACUAAAUGAAACAAUGGGAAACAGAUAUAUCUUUAUUUCUUUGACUGCACUGUAUUAUCCGUUAAUUGUGUUUUGUAAUGUAAUUGUAAUUUAUGUCAUAAUCUCAUAUCAGAAGCUUCAUGAGCCAAUGUAUGUGUUUAUUUGUAAUUUGUGUAUGAAUGCACUUUUUGGCACAGCUGGAUUUUACCCUAAAUUUAUGUAUGAUUUAUUAUCUCAGUGUCAUGUAAUUUCAUAUGCUGGAUGUCUGUCUCAGAUAUUUGUCAUUUAUUCAUCUGUUUUAUGUGACUUGUCAACAUUAACAGUAAUGGCUUAUGACAGGUAUGUGGCAAUAUGUAGACCACUGGAGUAUCAUUCAAAAAUGACCAAGGAAAGGGUUCUUCAAUGUAUCUUGUUUUGCUGGGUUGCUCCAUUUUUUUGUAUGUCCGUUCUUAUUGCAUUAACAUCAAGACUCACCCUAUGUGGCUCUAGUAUUGACAAGCUGUAUUGUGAAAAUUGGUCAGUUGUUAAACUUUCUUGUGUUUCUACAACAGUCAAUAAUGUGAUUGGGUACAUUGUAAUUCUUCUCUACUUUGGUCAUGCGGUAUUGAUAUUUUGCUCAUAUAUUCAUUUGAUUAGAAAGUGCAGGAGGUCAAUGGAGGGCAGACACAAAUUCAUACAGACAUGUGUACCACAUUUGCUUGCAUUGAUGAAUGUUGCUGUUGCAUUGCUGUUUGAUGUACUUUACAGCCGCUAUGGCUCGAGAAGUUUGCCACAAGGUAUCCGGAACUUCAUGGCCAUGGAAUUCCUCCUCAUUCCCCCUAUGUUAAAUCCCCUGAUUUAUGGAUUAAAUCUUACAACACUACGAAAGCAAGUCAUGAGACUGUUCUUAAACAAACAAGAGGGAAUAGCUGAGUAAAGUGUUUCAUAAGGUCAUACAUUAUUUGUUAGCUGUUUUUAAAUGUUAAUUGUGUAAAGGUUUAAUUGUUUAAAGUUUUAUUUUAAUCUUUAUCUUUUUCAGAUAAUGACAUUAUGAUUUUAUUUUUGCCAUAUUUUGUGACUCAUCAUUUGUGACUGAAUCAGCUUUUAUAAAAAGAAUUCCAAACUAUAUUUGAAUCCUUUUGAUUUACAUUCAAUUGCAUGCAAUUGUGUCAAUGUUUCUAUACUUAGAUGCCCAUGAUAUUUUAGAAAUUGCUGUAUUUAUAGGUUUCUGGAGCACACAUUUAAAGAAAAAAAUACCAGUAAUUAGUUUAUUAUAAAAUAAAAUAAGAAAAAGAACUUGCAUGCUUAAGAAAUUACUUGACUGACAAAAUAUAGUAUAUGAAUCAAGAAUUCACUGCCAUUCUUUUUCAAAUUGGAUGCAUUUCACAAAAUCAUUUACAAAUGUAUUUGUUAACAUUAGUAAAUGUAUUAAAUAAAAUAAACUUCCAAUGAAAAAUACAAGUUGUUUAGGUUAGUUCGUGUUGCAUUAACUUGUGUUACU